AUGAACCUUUUGCUGUUCAUUGUUAUCAGCGUUGUGGUUGGCGAUAAACUUCCUGAAAUUGAAGUGCUACAUGAUUUGCUGCAUAAUUCAUAUGACGAGAAGUUGUUGGAUUACCUAGACGACGGCAAAAAUGGUCCUACCUCUCAAGUUUUAGCACAGGUUGAAGCUAUCGUGCAACGACAACCGCAGUACAUUCAGGAUAAAUCAAAAGCUAUACUUCUUUUAUUAUUGGAAUCACAACAGUCUUGUAUUAUUUGUUCAGAAACAAACCUGUUAUCAAUUUUUUUAAGUGAAGAAUAUACGUUUAACUGCGUUUUUUAUGAAGUAACAGAAAUUAUUGUUUACUGA